GCUCUUGGCACUCCCUCCCAUGUCGAAAACGCCAGCGAGUCCCCAAGCUCGAUCGCGAAUUGACAUCACCUGGAUCAGCCAUCGGAUUUCUCAACCUCCCCUCCGCAACACCCUCUUGUCGUGGCUUUUCACGCUUGAUUUUUUUUUUUUUUUUAAACUCUCUCUGCGUGUCUUCAGCUCCCCAUCAGUGAUGCGCAGCGCUCCAUCAUGUCCAACGUCCUCUCCCUUCUAGGCUGGGCCUUCUUGCCCAAUCUAGUCACCGGCUGGGUGCAGUCAAUCUACUACGGCAUCGUCAUUCGUGCCGGCGACCCCAAGCCGCAGCCCGGUUCCGCAAAGUACGCGACGCACCGUCGUCGAAUCCACAUCCUCGUCGUCUCCUUCUACCUCCUCUACACCCUCGUCGAGGCCGACCGCACCCUCCGCGUGCAGGGCACCUUCUACACCGACCUCGACGUCGCCGCCAACGCCCCCGUGCGCAUCAUCAAGUCUCGAUUCCGCCGCCUCGCCGCCGUCUACCACCCGGACAAGGCGGGCAUCGGCGGGGACACGAGCGCCGCCGCUGCGCGUUUCAUGCACCUCAAGACUGCCUCCGAGACGCUCUCGGACCCGGCCCGCCGCUUCGCCUACGAGCGCUUUGGCCCCGAGGUCGGCGCCUGGCAGAACUGCAAGACCAUUCACGACUACGUCUCGCGCGGCAUCUUCCAGGGGACGAUCCCGUACUACGGCCUCGCGGCCGCCGCCACCUACGGGCUGGGCCUGCUGGGGUACCUCGACUGGGGACGGUACUGGCGCUGGGUCAUCCUCGUCACCUUCCUCGUCGCGGAGCUCAUCGUCGUCACGCGUCCCGAGAUGCCGCCAUUCCUCGCCGUACUCAACACGGCGCUCAGCACAGCCUUGCGCCGCCCGCCGUACCUGCAGUUCCAGCUCGUGUCUCUGGCUCGCCAGGCGGCCGUCACGAUAUACAUCGCCUUCGGCCAGAUCGGGCCGCUCAUCAACCCGCAGGGCCAAGCGGCGCAGAAGGCGGCCGAGAGCUCGGCCGCCGCCGUCGACGAAGGUCUGCAGCGGCUCGAGACGAUUACGCGCGGCCUCGACGGCGAGACGAGCAGGCUGCUGGAGAUGGAAAUGACCCCGUUCGCCGGCGACAAGGAGGCGCUGAGCAGUGUCCGCUCCAAGGUCAAGGACUGGCUCGUGCAGAACACCAUCCGGGCGGAUCCAAUGGUCAGAGAUGCCAUCGGCAAGUCGUUCCAGAAGCGGAGGGUCGGUGCGCCUGCGGGCGCGAAGGGCAACAGAUAGAGAUGAUAGACAUCGAACGUAAAGCUGCUAGAGGGUCAUGAUACAAGUGUAUUGCAAUGCAGCUUUUCUUACUCAUCAUCACUAGCACACAGGGUGACUUGCUGCGCUUUGGUGACGUUACCACUGCUUGUGAUCGGCCAGGUGUCGCGUUCGCUUGAACCGAACAGCAACGCACAAGCUAAAAUCAAAAGCCAGCUUCUCCGUCCAUUCACCAAAAAAGAAGAAGAAAAAGAUAUAUGACCGUUCAGUAUCAUGACGCUAUACCGGAUCAAAAACGUUGGGAAACAUUGAUAUCGUGAGAAAGGGAAAUGUGGCGUUUGUGGCUGAUGUCUGUGGCUCAAGUUUGAAAAUCUCUCAGUCUUAGCGUAUCCCAGGCGAUCGUCCAAAACGUACAUGU